AUGCCGAGGAGAAGAGGAACAAACCACAUCCUCGACUCCUUCCAUCACCUCAACGCAACCCGAGUAGUGAAGGAAUCCAUUAGAGUGUUGCUUCUUCAUCUAACUCACUUCCACUCCAUCUCUGUCUUCCUCUUCUCCCCUCUCUCAGUCUCACUCUUCAUCUCCCACUUCCUCACCCAUCAUUUCCCCUACUUGACACCCUUCACAGCCAACCUGCUUCGAGGCUAUGGACCUCCUCCCCUUCUACUCGAACUGCUUUUGAAGGCAUCUCUUCGCGUCAUCAUCUGUUUCCCUUCAUCCAUUACCUUCUUGCUCCUGGGGAAAGCGGCUACAAUUCAGGCAGUCUCCGACAGUUACGAUGGAGUCGGUCUCGAUAGAAGACGGAUACUCCUAAGAAGUGGGGAAGCUUGGUUCAACCUACUCCAGACAAGUCUAUGCGAAUCCAUCGUCGUACUUUGUCUUUGGGGAGUUUUUGCAGUUAGCUUGGCAACAAUACCAAUCAUACUAUCUGCCUGCGGGUUGUGUUCACAGAUCAUGGGAUUUCAAAUAGUUCUGGGAGUCCUUGGGGUGCCAUUUUGUCUAGGGUUUGCAUAUAUAGUAGUUUUAGGUAAUCUGGCUAAGGUUGCAGCUGUUCUAGAGCCAGAUUGCUGUGGGUUUAAGGCCUUGGUUGAGGCAAAUACUGUAACAGUCAAAAGACAGCAGACGGCAUUGGCCGUGAGCUUGGUAGGGAACAUGGGGUUUACAAUAGUGGAGCUUUUGUUUGAGGUUAGGGUACAAAGAGGGUUCAGUUUUUGGGAAGUCUCUUUGUUGAUUUCUAUGUAUUCUUUCAUGCUGGUUUUCGACACCGUUAUGAACGUUGUGUUCUACUUUGCAUGUAAAAUCUAG